AUGCAAAAGAGCCCGGAAGACAACUUCCUCCUUUCAGAUGUGCAACGCCAGCAAUUCCGGCAGCUCCGUUACCAGGAGGCAGAGGGCCCCCGAGAGGUGCAGGAGAAGAUCCGGAAGGAACCUUUCCACAAAGCAGCUUUUCUGGGUAAGGUUGAAAGGCCCACUGCACGGCCUCCUCGAGUAGGGAAAGCAACUUCCGUGCGGCCUGAUCGGGGUCUGGUGACCUUUGAGGAGGUGUGUGUUCGUUUCACUGAGGAGGAGUGGGCUCUGCUGGAUCCGGACCAAAGAAGGAUUCACAAAGAAGUCAUGGAGGACAAUUAUCAGAAUGUGGCCUCUCUGGCACAUAAAUGCUUGGAAUGUGAAAAGAGCUUUGGUUCAAGUUCACAGCUUAUUCAACAUCAACAUAUCCACACAGGGGAGAAACCGCAUAAAUGCUUGGAGUGUGGAAAGAGCUUUGCUUUGAGGUCACACCUUACUUACCAUCAACGUAUCCACACUGGGGAGAAACCACAUAAAUGCUUGGAGUGUGAAAAGAGCUUUGGUUCAAGUUCACAGCUUACUCGACAUCAACAUAUCCACACAGGGGAGAAACCACAUAAAUGCUUUGAGUGUGGAAAGAGCUUUGCUUUGAGGUCACAACUUACUCAACAUCAACGUAUCCACACAGGGGAGAAACCACAUAAAUGCUUGGAGUGUGGAAAGAGCUUUGCUUUGAGUUCACAGCUUACUCGACAUCAACAUAUCCACACCGGCGAGAAACCACAUAAAUGCUUUGAGUGUGGAAAGAGCUUUGCUUUGAGGUCACAACUUACUCAACAUCAACGUAUCCACACAGGGGAGAAACCACAUAAAUGCUUGGAGUGUGGAAAGAGCUUUGCUUUGAGGUCACACCUUACUUACCAUCAAUAUAUCCACACUGGGGAGAAACCACAUAAAUGCUUGGAGUGUGAAAAGAGCUUUCCUUCGAGGUCACACCUUACUCAACAUCAACGUAUUCACACAGCGGAGAAACCACAUAAAUGCUUGGAGUGUGGAAAGAGCUUUGCUUUGAGGUCACACCUUACUCAACAUCAACGUAUCCACACAGGGGAGAAACCACAUAAAUGCUUGGAGUGUGGAAAGAGCUUUGCUUUGAGGUCAGACCUUACUUACCAUCAAUAUAUCCACACUGGGGAGAAACCACAUAAAUGCUUGGAGUGUGAAAAGAGCUUUGCUUCGAGGUCACACCUUACUCAACAUCAACGUAUCCACACUGGGGUGAAACCACAUAAAUGCUUGGAGUGUGAAAAGAGCUUUGCUUCGAGGUCACACCUUACUUACCAUCAAUAUAUCCAUACUGGGGAGAAACCACAUAAAUGCUUGGAGUGUGAAAAGAGCUUUGCUUCGAGGUCAUACCUUACUCAACAUCAACGUAUCCACACUGAGGAGAAACCACAUAAAUGCUUUGAGUGUGGAAAGAGCUUUGCUUUGAGGUCACACCUUACUCAACAUCAACGUAUCCACACAGGGGAGAAACCACAUAAAUGCUUGGAGUGUGGAAAGAGCUUUGCUUCGAGGUCACACCUUACUUACCAUCAAUAUAUCCACACUGGGGAGAAACCACAUAAAUGCUUGGAUUGUGAAAAGAGCUUUGCUUCGAGGUCACACCUUACUCAGCAUCAGCGUAUCCACACGGGGGAGAAACCACAUAAAUGCUUGGAGUGUGGAAAGAGCUUUGCUUCGAGGUCACACCUUACUCAGCAUCAGCAUAUCCACACGGGGGAGAAACCACAUAAAUGCUUGGAGUGUGGAAAGAGCUUUGCUCAGAGAGGUCACCUAGCUAUUCAUCGACUAAUCCACACUGGGGAGAAACCACAUAAAUGCUUGGAGUGUGGAAAGACCUUUGCUAGGAGAGAUCACCUAGCUACUCAUUGCCGAAUGCACACUGGCGAGAAACCACAUAAAUGCUUGGAGUGUGGAAAGACUUUUGCUUCGAGUUCAAAGCUGACUGAGCAUCAGUGUAUCCACACAGGAAAAAAAACCCACAGAAAUGCUUGGAGUGUGGAAAGCACUUUGCUCAAAGAGGUAACCUAG